AUGUCGGGCAAGUACGUCUUCACCAAGGGUCUGAAAGAGCUCCGCUUCCUCUUCUGCCAGUCGUCUGAGCAGAGCGCGGCCACAAGGUUGGUGCCAUUCGCCUCGAGAGAGAGAAAGAAAGAGCCCCCGGAACUUGAGACUGACCCCAAUGCCAAUUGCUCCAGGUCCUUCCUGAACCGCGCCUACCCAACCAUGAAGAAGCACAACCCUCACACGCCCAUUAUGAUGCGCGAGGCUAGGGGCACCGAGCCGCGAGUCUUUGCUCGAUACGAUCUCGGCAAGGAGUCGCAGGAAGCCCUGUCCGGCCUGUCGGACCAGCAGAUCGAAGAGCGCAUCACGCAUCUGGUGAAGCAGACCUCAUGA